CGGCAGCAAACAAAAGUAAAAAAGGCAGUCUUCCAGUGACUGCCCCAGGCCUCUGACGUGCCUGCACGCGGCACUUCUUUGCGAGCGAUGGUUUUGCGUUUCCAGCGAUAAGUGAGAGUCUACAAAGCGCGCGGGUGCGCGGCGUAUAGCACCACCUGGCUGCAUAAUCAGGAGGGGCGCGAGUGGGAGAUGGCGCAUGGCUGGGCAAAUGGGCAGAUCUCGAUCAGCAGCAGCAUCCCUCGAGCAGUCGGGAGCUGCAAUGGCAUAGCACAGGAGCUGCCCUCUGAGUCGUCGGUGGCGCCUUGCUGCCCGCGAGCCUCCUCUCGGCCAUGGAAAUGCCGGUGUCGGCAAGCCAGCCAGGGUUGAGCGUAGUCAAGAGCGACGGUCUGCGCUACUCCCUGCAGACCACCGUGAUCAUGUACGUGGCUUACAGCACCAUUUUCGUGCUCGGCGUGGUGGGCAACGCGUUGGUCGUGGUCGUGGUGAGGAGGACACCGCGAAUGCGCACCGCCACCAAUGUGUUCAUCACCAACCUCGCGUGCGCAGACCUGAUGGUCAACCUGCUCUGUCUGCCCUUCACCCUCCUGGGCAACGUGUACAGCGCAUGGUUGUUGGGUCCUUUCAUCUGCAAGAUGGUUCCGUACCUGCAGGGCGUGUCGGUGGCCGCCUCCGUGCACACGCUGGUUGCGAUAGCAGCAGAACGGUGCUUUGCAAUCUGCUACCCCAUGAGAGGUCCAGCAAUGUCCGACAAGGCGUGCUAUUACACAAUCACAGUCAUCUGGGUCUUCAGUCUGGCCAUCACCUCUCCCUGGCUCGUCUACUUCCGGCUGCAGCCCCUCGAAGAAGGCUCAUCCCUGCAGGUUUGCGAAGAAGUGUGGCCCGACCCCAUGAGCGGGAACAUUUACUUCGUGGUCGCCCACCUCGUGCUGUGCUACCUGGCGCCGUUGGGUGUCAUCAACGUCUGCUACAUUUUGGUGUGGAGGAAGGUGUGGCACAAAAGCAGUGCUCAGGACGAGACCUUUCAAGAGCACCAGUCAGUCAUAAUCAGAACCAGGGCCAGAGUGAUAAAAAUGCUGGUCGUCGUCGUUUUGUCAUUCGCCUUUUGUUGGCUUCCUUUGUACUCGCUGUUUUUCUGGGUGAAACUCGUGGGUCCAGCCACGCUUUCGCCAAGAGAGGAGGCUUUUGUGAGUGCAAUGCUGCCUAUUUCCCAAUGGCUUGGGGCUUCCAACUCGUGCAUCAACCCAGUUUUGUACGCCUACUUUAAUAAACGUUUCAGAGCUAGCUUCCAGAGCAUCCUUAGAAGCAUACCGUGCCUCUCCAGAUUCAACAAAGGCAAUAACGUCGCCCUGAAGAGGCAAGGGUGUGUCCACCGUCGCGAAGUACACCGCUUCCGCCACAAUUACACGCUGCGACCUUCGAAACGAGCGGUGAUGCAGAGGAGACGGGCAGACGAGGCCUUGAAGGAAACGGCCCUUUGAACUUAACUUUUGAAGCUCAAAAAUUGUCACAAGCGCUCAAACUUGCAUAAAAGAAUAUUUUGCUGCUGAUAUUCAAGCCAGCUCCGUUCUGUCUUUCCUCCUAUAAAAAUGGGUGUGGAUCACCUAAAAUCCUGUCUGUACUGAAACUGAAAGAGCUGAUUGAGAGAAUGAGAGCGACUACUCGACGUAAUUAAUAAUUAUAAAAAAUAUGCACUGUAAAAUCUGACUUUGCGGUAAAAUAUAAAUAUAUCUUUAAAAGAUGGACAGCGUGGACUGUCAUAAAAUAUUUUUUCUUUGUUUGUUAAGAAAACGCUAUUUUGAAAAUAUGCAGUUGUAAAGGGUUUCGACAUUUGCCAAAGCUUUUGAUGAAAGGGAACUGUGGAAUUUCCGAUUUCUAUACUAAAUAGCCAACAAAUUUUUAGGAGAUUUCUUUCCAAUUGCAGACUUUGAUGUGCACAAUAGCGAACGUUGAGCGUGAUUUUCUGUUCCCUGAGGGCAAAAAGCAUUCAGUGGUUGAAUUUUAAAUUUAAUACUCUUUAAAAUGACCAAGAUGUAAUUUUUUCAACUUAAGAGGAUCGAUGAUUUGUAUUUUAUACUUCCAUCAUGAUUUCUGCCAUUUUCGACAAGGAUGUACACUAUUUCUAAGAUUUUAACGAGCUUCUCACGUCGCAACUAAGGCAUCUGGUGAAUUUGUAAAUAAAUGUUUUGUGCGAUA